AUGCCGAAGAGGGGCCAUGCAAAGCGCCAAGGAGGGACGGCCUCCGCUGCCCACCGUGAUGCUUCUCAGGAAGAAGCCAACUCCCAGAACAAGCACAACUACGAACUGGACCUUCGCAUCAAGGAGCUCAUAGCUGAGAACAAGCAGCAGAGGCAAGGUGCCAAAGCGAGGAUCAGCCAGCUGGAGGAGCUCCUGCAAGAGAAAGAGAAGGAGCUACAGGACGAACGCCAAAAGAACGAGGCGAGAAUCUACCUCAAAGAGAAGCUGGAGGUAAAAGACAGAGAGAUUCUGAAACUCAAAAAACAGGUUCGGAGUCUCUCUGCGGGUCUUAAAGCUUCUCAGGACAUCCAGAGAGAUGAAAUCACAUCUCUGGAAGACAACAAAGAGCUGCAGCAGGUGAUGAUCUCUGUGGAGGAGCAGCAAAAGGAAAUCCUGAAACGCCAACAAGAGCUCGAGCAGAAGGACAAACUCCUGCAAGAGCAAAGGAUCGCUCUGGAGAAGCAGCAAGAAGGACUGCAGAAAAGUCAGCAGGAGCUCCAGCAAAAACAAAAGCAGCUGCACGAGGAGAAGAGCUCACUUGUCGAGCAGAAAAAGGAAAACCAGAGAGACAAGAAACAGCUCGAAAUGAAGAACAAGGAGCUGCAGGACGAGAAGAAGGCGUUUGAGCAGGAAAGAAAAGACCUGCAAAACAGUACAAAAGCCUCAGAGGACAUGAAGAAAGAGCUUCACGCCGGGAGGAAGGAACUUGAAGAGACUCGGAAAGUUCUGGAAUCUCAGGCUGUCCAAGUCAAGAAAGAGCAGACGGACCUGGAUGAACGCAAAAAAGCUCUGGACAAAGAACAGAAGGAAGUGGACGAGGUGAAGGAGAAAAUGAAGGAGGCUUACCUGAAGGAAAAAGACACAAAGAUACUGGAGAUGGAGGAGGAGAGCAGGAAGCUGGAACAAGAAAAAAUAGAAAUCCAGGAGAACAAUGCAAAACUGGAACGAGAAAAGAUGGAAAUGGAGGAUGAGAAUAAAGAACUCCGGCACAAGAACAAAAGACUGGAGCAAGAAAAGAUGGAAAUGGAGGUGAACAAUGAGAACCUCCAAAAAGAGAACAGAGAGCUGAAGCAGCAACAAGCACAGCUCGCAGACAGAAACCAAGAGCUGCACCAAGACCAGACCCAGCUCCAGAAUGAGGUCCCAGAGCUGGAGGUGACACCAGACGUGGAGGAGCAAAGGACGAAAAAGAAGAAGAAGGCGGGCUGUUGGAGAUGGUUGUUCAAGAAGUCGUGA